AGGCACGACAGCUCCCUUGGCGGGACCACGUUGGUACCGGGCCGCGGCGGGCUGAGGGGGUGGGGAGCGGGAGGAGGAGCGUGAGCAGCAGAAGCUGGAGCCGGGAAGGAGCAGCAGCUGCGCACGCGCCCGACCCGCCACUGCGCACGCGCCCGCGGAAGUCGUGACUCCCUUGUGACGGUCCCUCCUGGGUGGGCGGAGCGAGAGACGGAAGGGCCGCAGUGCGCAGGCGCGUCAACGGCUUUUCGCUGCGCGCGCGGUGUCUGACCUCAGUCCCGCGAGGUUGCUGCUGAGUGCUCUGUCUUUGCUGAACGCCGUCGCGCCCAGCGGACGGUGGUUCUGGCAGGAUCCUUUACGACUCCUGUUGCGCUUUCUCCAUCGUCACGGAGAAUAACUCUCUCUCAGAACUCGCUGGCCAUCUCCCAGAAAGGCGAUAAGAUAUUCAAGAUCUCUUCAUUUUCUUCCGUUGGACACCGAUCCCAGCAUCUACGGCAUCCGCUGUGGGCAGUUUUGCUGGGUGUUUGUUGCCUUGAAAAAUGACUACUGGACAGGAUCGCGUGGUUGCUCUUGUGGACAUGGACUGUUUUUUUGUUCAAGUAGAGCAGCGGCAAAAUCCCCAUUUGAGAAAUAAGCCUUGUGCAGUUGUACAGUACAAAUCAUGGAAGGGUGGUGGAAUAAUUGCAGUGAGUUAUGAAGCUCGUGCAUUUGGAGUCACUAGAAACAUGUGGGCAGAUGAUGCUAAGAAGUUAUGUCCAGAUCUUUUACUGGCACAAGUUCGUGAGUCCCGUGGGAAAGCUAACCUCACCAAGUACCGGGAAGCCAGUGUUGAAGUGAUGGAGGUAAUGUCUCAUUUUGCUGUGAUUGAACGUGCCAGCAUCGAUGAAGCUUAUGUAGAUCUGACCAGUGCUGUACAAGACAGACUACAAAAGCUACAGGGUCAGCCUAUCUCAGCAGACUUGUUGCCAAGCACUUACAUUGAAGGGUUGCCCAAAGACCCUACAACAGCAGAAGAGACUGUUCAGAAAGAGAAGAUGCGAAAAGAAGGUUUAUUUCAAUGGCUUCAUUCUCUCCGGUUCGAUGACAUGCCCUCUCCAGACCUGAAGCUCACCGUGGGAGCAGUGAUUGUGGAAGAAAUGAGGGCAGCCAUAGAGAAGCAGACUGGUUUUCAGUGUUCAGCUGGAAUCUCACAUAAUAAGGUCCUGGCAAAACUGGCUUGUGGACUAAACAAGCCGAACCGUCAGACCCUUGUCUCACAUGGGUCAGUCCCACAGCUCUUUAGCCAAAUGCCCAUUCGCAAAAUCCGUAGUCUUGGAGGAAAGCUAGGGGCCUCUGUCAUUGAAAUCCUAGGGGUAGAAUACAUGGGUGAGCUGACCCAGUUCACUGAAUCUCAACUCCAGAGUCAUUUUGGGGAGAAGAAUGGGUCUUGGCUAUAUGCCAUGUGCCGAGGGAUUGAACAUGAUCCAGUUAAACCCAGGCAACUACCCAAAACCAUUGGCUGUAGCAAGAACUUCCCAGGAAAAACAGCUCUGUCUACUCGGGAACAGGUACAAUGGUGGCUUUUGCAGUUAGCCCAGGAACUAGAGGAAAGACUGAAAAAAGACCGAAAUGAUAAUGACAGGGUGGCUACUCAACUGGCUGUGAGCAUUCGUGUGCAAGGAGACAAACGUCUCAGCAGCCUACGCCGCUGCUGUGCCCUUACCCGCUAUGAUGCUUACAAGAUGAGCCAUGAUGCAUUUGCUGUUAUCAAGAACUGUAAUACUUCUGGAAUCCAAACUGAAUGGUCCCCUCCCCUCACAAUGCUUUUCCUCUGUGCUACCAAAUUCGCUGCCUCUGCCCCUUCACCUUGCACAGACAUCACCGUCUUCUUGAGCAGUGACCCAAGUUCUCUGCCAAAGGUGCCAGUCACCAGUUCAGAAGCUAACACCCAGGGAAGUGACCCAGCGGUGACAGCAACUAAGAAAGCAACCACCUCUCUGGAAUCAUUCUUCCAAAAAGCUGCAGAAAAACAGAAGGUCAAAGAAGCUUCGCUUUCAUCUUUUACUGUUACCACUCAGGCCCCCACGAGCAAUUCACCAUCCAAGUCAUUACCUUUCCAAACCAGUCGAACAACAGGAACGGAACCCUUCUUUAAGCAGAAAAGUCUGCUUCAAAACCUGAAGCAGCUUAAUAAUUCUUCAGUUCCUUUCCCUCCACAAAAUCUACAGUCCAACUCUAAAGGGUUACCAAAUCAUUUUCCAACAGAGUAUACAGAUUGUGCCCCUGUUUGUGAAGGGGCGUUGAAGCUAGAAUCCUCUAAAGCAACUCCUGCAGAGAUGGAUUUUACCCAGAACAGCCCAAGCAUGCUUGCUUUUUCAGCUUCCAAGUCUGCUCCAGGGGUGGCUCACAAGGUAACUACCACCCCAAGUCUUCUAGCCGCUGAGGACCAACUGCCCUGUGAGAAAUGUGGCUCCCUGUUACCAGUAUGGGACAUGCCAGAACACAUGGACUAUCAUUUUGCACUGGAGUUGCAGAAAUCCUUCCUGCAGCCCUCAAACCCCCAGGUUGUUCCUGCCUUGUCUCCUCAAGGCAAAAGAAAUCCCAAGAGCCCUUUGGCCUCCAGUAAUAAACGGCCUAGGUCUGAGGGCAUGCAGACAUUGGAAUCAUUUUUUAAGCCAUUAACACAUUAGUGCUGCCCUCAGGCUUGCUAUAGGAUUUUAAUAUUUUAUCUGUAACCUGGGACAUGGAAAUAUGUUCCCUUCUCAGGGAAAUCCAUAACUUUAUGAAAAUUUUAAUACAAAAUAAUCCAGUUAGGUGCCAGAUUAAGGUUCCCAUCUCUUCACAGACAUAGAUUCUAAUCCCAUUGCUGACAGAGAUGUAAAAAUUCAUCCUCUCAUUGAGUUUUUAAUCUGUAGUUUUUAGGGAGGCAGUGUCAUAUUGUAAAAAGUAUGUGGGCCUUGAAGCCUAAAAGAGACUGGUUUCAAACCUAGCCCUCUCCGCCUCUUAUUGCAGUGACUUUGAGCAAGUCACUUUCUUUACUUCCUCAUCUGUAAAACUGAUAUAAUACCUUACAGAUUAUUUUAAUCUUCAACUUAGAGUUGGCACAGAAAAUGAACUAAGUAAAAAACAAGAAGUUUAAAAAAAACAACAACUUCUCCCCAGUUUGGUGACAGGGGCAAUUUCAGAUAAUGCCUUGACGAGAAUUCCGUAUUUUCCGUUGGAAAAUGUGAGGUGAAGAAUCCCUAAAAGCGCUGUAGUAACUAGAGCAGGGCAGGUUCUGUAAAAGCUACUCAAUAAAUGCUGAAUCUCAUACAGGUAAACCCUAUUAUAGCCUCAGUUCUAGCCACUGGUUAGCCAUUCUACUUCUGCAUUUUAUUCUAAUGUAGAACGAGACUGCCACUGGCCAGUUCGGGAACUCUGUUUAGAUUUGGUAAAUCAUAGUCAAAACUAGAUCAUCUCUAGAACCUUGCUACUCUGAGUGUGAUCUGAGGAACAGCAGCAUCGGGAUCACCUAGGAACUUGUUAGCAAUCGUCUUAGCCUCACCACUACUACUGCAUCCAAAUCCGCAUAUUAACGAGACUCCCAGUGUGUAUCUUAAAGUUUGGAAAUACUGAUCUAGAAGAUACCAACAGCCAGGUUUGUAGAGAACAAUAACAUUUCCUUAAACUCACCUUAAGAGGUGAGUGCUUGGACCUUUGGGGUUACUGGCAUGUUCAUCUCUUCCUUACUGAAGUAUAAAUAUUUAGCUUAGGGUUUUAAAUUGAUUAUUGUAGCUUUUGGCACUUGUCCAUGUUUAGAGUACUGUAUUUUUAAUCUCCGUUCUUAUGUGUGAGAAGUCAGCUUUUUUGGCUUGAAUUACACAGGGAACUCAACUGAAGAUGAACUGAGUUGGUGGUGGUAGGUAGAGAGAAUAGUGUACAUCUCCCUCCUUCCAUACAUAUACACAAACCAAUGUUUAGCUUAUUUAUAAAUGGGUGAGGAGUCUGUAUUUAGUUUGAAGAACAGGGGAAGGUUUGAAAACCAUUGGAUCUAACAUUAUUUUUUCCUCCAAAAAUAUUUUCUACUUUUAUGGCACUUGAAUAUCCAAUAAAGAACUGUAUUCACUAUGUA